GCCGCCGCCGCGCCGUUUGCCUCAGCCUUGCCGCCCUCCCUCCUUCUCCGCCCGGGGAAAGCAGGCGCAGGGCAGGCAAGCCUCCUCGCCGUAAGGAGGGCCGAGAAAGAGAUCCCGAGACAGGAGGAGAGGGAAAGGCCGUCGUCGUCGCCAUGUCUGUGGUGGGCAUCGACCUGGGCUACCAGAACUGCUACAUCGCGGUGGCGCGGAGCGGGGGCAUCGAGACCGUCGCCAACGAGUACAGCGACCGCUGCACCCCAGCUUGUAUAUCACUGGGUUCUAAAGCACGGACUAUUGGAAAUGCAGCAAAGAGCCAGAUGAUCACCAAUGUUAAGAAUACAUUACAUGGAUUCAAAAAGUUGCAUGGGAGGACAUUUGAUGAUCCUUUUAUAAAAGGUGAAAGAAUGAGACUGCCGUAUGAACUUCAAAAGUUGCCUAAUGGAAGUGUGGGAGUAAAGGUACGAUACUUGGAUGAAGAGAGAUUAUUUGCGAUUGAACAGGUUACAGGCAUGCUAUUGGUUAAACUUAAGGAAACAUCAGAAAGUGCACUUAAAAAACCUGUAGCAGAUUGUGUUAUUUCGAUACCAGGUUUUUUUACUGAUGCUGAGAGAAGGUCAGUAAUGGCAGCUGCACAAGUAGCAGGUUUAAACUGCCUGAGGCUAAUGAAUGAAACUACAGCAGUUGCACUCGCCUAUGGAAUUUAUAAGCAGGAUCUGCCAAGCCUGGAGGAAAGACCAAGAAAUGUGGUUUUUGUAGACAUGGGACACUCUGCAUACCAAAUCUCUGUUUGUGCUUUUAACAAAGGAAAAUUGAAGGUCCUGGCUACUACAUUUGACCCAUUUCUGGGUGGUAGAAACUUUGAUGAGGUUUUAGUGGAUUAUUUCUGUGACGAGUUCAGGACUAAGUAUAAACUGAAUGUGAAGGACAAUCCUCGAGCACUGCUUCGCUUAUAUCAGGAGUGUGAAAAGCUGAAGAAACUUAUGAGUGCCAAUGCCUCUGAUCUUCCCAUGAAUAUAGAAUGUUUCAUGAAUGAUGUUGAUGUCUCCAGUAAGAUGAACAGGGCUCAGUUUGAACAGAUGUGUGUAUCUCUUCUCAACAGAGUAGAGCCUCCUUUACGAGCAGUGAUGGAGCAAGCUAAACUACAGCGUGAAGAUGUAUAUAGCAUAGAAAUAGUUGGUGGAGCAACUCGAAUCCCAGCAGUUAAAGAACAGAUAUGUAAAUUCUUCUUUAAAGAUAUAAGUACCACACUAAAUGCAGAUGAAGCUGUUGCAAGGGGCUGUGCUUUACAGUGUGCAAUUCUUUCUCCUGCAUUUAAAGUCCGUGAGUUUUCCAUCACAGAUGUUGUUCCUUAUUCAAUUACUCUGAGGUGGCAGUCUUCUUAUGAAGAAGGAACAGGCGAAUGUGAAGUAUUCAGCAAAAACCAUGCUGCACCAUUCUCAAAAGUUAUUACUUUCCACAAGAAAGAGCCUUUUGAAUUGGAAGCAUUUUAUACACAUCCACAUGAUAUCCCAUACCCUGAUACAAGAAUAGGUCAUUUUGUUAUUCAGAAUGUUGGGCCCCAACAUGAUGGUGACAAUUCAAAAGUGAAGGUUAAAGUUCGUGUUAAUAUCCAUGGGAUUUUCAGUGUGGCUAAUGCAUCUGUAAUAGAGAAACAAAGUACAGACCAUGAUCCCGGUGAAGUACCUAUGGACACAGAAUUGUCCUGUAAGACUCAAAGCAAAGAUGAACUGCAAUUACCUUUCAUAAUUGAGGAUGAACCCCUCGACUCUGAGGAUGAGGCUAAAAUGCAGGUUGAUCAGGAUGAUGGUAAUCACAAGAACCAAACUGACCAGCACAAUCAAGCGGAAGAGGAUGCUGAUCAUAUAGUGGCCGAAGGAAAGACUGCUUCAGGAGACAAGCUUGAUGCAAAUCAGUCCACUAAAGCUAAAGCAAAGGUCAAGAGUAUUGAUCUACCUAUUCAGGUUAACCUGUACAGACAAGUGGGACAAGACCUUAUUAAUUGCUUCAUUGAAAAUGAGGGAAAGAUGAUAAUGCAAGACAAGUUGGAAAAGGAGAAGAAUGAUGCCAAAAAUGCUGUUGAAGAAUAUGUGUAUGACCUAAGAGACAAGUUGUGUGGCGUCUAUGAAAAAUUCGUAACUGAGGAUGAUUCAAGAAAGAUAUCUUUAAUGUUGGAGGAUACUGAAAAUUGGCUUUAUGAAGAUGGAGAAGAUCAACCAAAACAUGUAUAUGUGGAAAAACUUCAGGAAAUGAAAAAAUUGGGUGGUCCUGUUCAAGAUAGAUACAUGGAACAUGACGAAAGGCCAAAAGCAUUAAAUGAUUUGGGAAAGAAACUCCAGUUGCUUAUGAAAGCAGUUGAAGGUUACAAAAAUAAGGAUGAAAGAUAUGACCACAUUGAUCCUGUUGACAUGGAAAAAGUUGAAAAGUAUGCCAGUGAGGCUAUGAAUUGGUUAAACUCAAAAAUGAAUGCACAGAACAGACUGAGUCUGAUGCAAGAUCCUGUUGUGAAAGUGGCAGAAAUAAUAGCAAAAGCUAAGGAACUGGACAAUUUAUGCAAUCCUAUUAUUUACAAGCCUAAACCCAAGGCAGAGCAACACCAGGCAAAAUCAAAUGCUGAACACAAUGGACCAAUGAAUGGACAGAGUGCUGCUGACACAAAACCAGAGGACUGUUGCCAACAGCCCAGAUCAUCUGAAGAAAUGGACAUGGACUAAGCUUUACAUUUCUUUCAGUCCAUUAAAACAGUGCAAGUAAUCUGAGGGUCCAUCUUUCUUUUAUGUCUUAUCCACACUACAGAUGUUCAGUUACUUAGUCAACUUUCUGUCCUUUGUUCUUUGCAGUCAGUUUGAAAGUGGUUUUUUCCCUCUCUCUUGAGUGCAUUCCCAUUGUUCAUUCCAUUGAUGCGCUUAUGUGAAGCUUUAGUUGAAUGUAGAUUGUAAAAGUCAGUCCAAGCUUUCCCAAUCUAUUUUAUAUUAAAUAGGCAGAAUUGUUAUAUACAUUACAACAAUUUACCUUAUUUAAAGCUUUUAUUGUGGGUAAGCUUCUGCUCCUUUAUUCAGGAAAGGCCACCGUAUUGCACUAUUGAUGCUGAAGCGUAGACCUUUGCAUCUUUAUUUUGGGAGAUAGUGGAUUUGAUGUGGCUUAAACUUUGCCACUUGAAGCACUGACCUUUUUCUAGUUGUUGAACUGUUCUGAUUUAAAUAUUAAAUUAGAGGUUAGCUGGCAAAACUAGUUCAUCCUGUUGAUGUACCAUGAAAACUUGUAAGAACCUUUUAGGAAAAAACCCAACAUCCAAGGCUUGAAAGAAGCUCACACCAGCAGCAUUCUUUGUUAUAAAACUUAGCAACAUGACUCUAAAUAAAGCUCAUGAUCUCCAUGUACACACAGUCCUGUAUAUGAUAAUCUGUGUUAAUUCUGAGACACUCUUGAAGUUAUUAUAGUGCAAAAUGUUAGGAGAAUUUUAACAGCUGACAGUGGGGAGAAGACAUGUUUUCAUUUCUCUUAAUUACCUCUCUAACUUGCUGGUUUAGCUUCAUUCAGAAUGCUGCCUAUGCAUGUUUCUCAAAUACAAUCUCCUCACAAUUAAAAAUAGAAAAUAUGUGCAUAAAAUGGUUAUAAAAUUGUAUUACUCUUACCUUAUGUGUUUUUACCACAUGACAAAAUGUUACUCUGUUUUUGCAUCUGACGUUAUGAAAAGAAGCAAAAUCUGUUAAAAGUGGUUCAUUUUAGAGCAGUGGUUCUCCACCUGUGGGUCGCCAGGCGUUUUGGCCUACAACUCCCAGAAAUCCCAGUCAGUUUACCAAGUUGAAGGCCAAAACAUCUGGGGAUCCACAGGGUGAGAACUACUGUUUUAGAUGGAUCUGCAUAAGAAAAGGAAGAAAAUGGCAGCUCAUUUUUUUCAGGAGGCAGGGACAAUUCACCAUUAAAUCAGAAAGACAGUGCAGACAGGUUGAUGGUAUGUUGGUGAUACAGUAUAACCUUGGUAUUGCAUGGUCUACAGUUCCACUCUGUGACCCUUUUCCAAACCUUUUAAAACAGGUAAAUAAAGGAACAUUCAACAACAUUUUUUGCUAAUUUUUGACAAGAGGGAUAGUCUUCUGUAAAUUUAGGCAAAUUGUUUCACAUGGAGCAUUUGGCACUAAAUGGAGCAAGGCAUCCUCACAACACAUCAAUGCACAUUUGUUAGUGCUGCAUAAAUAAACAAUAACAAUAGCAUCCUAGUACAACAGUGUAUGUACUUCAUGAAGGAUGGAAGUGUUCAGUAUUUCCUUAUACAGCAGCCAGCACCCUUGUCAGUAGAAUAUCUAUUGGGCAGGACAUGUCCAUAGCCAGAGAGGUGCUGCCUUUUAGGCUGCAUAUAGCUGCAAACUCCACAGCUAAGGGAAAAGAAAAGCCAGCACCCUCCCAGAUCUCCAGCAUAUGCAAGAGUACAUCUAGAGUACUCGUUGGAAAUCUAGAAGGAUGGUGUCUCUUCUUCCAGUUGAAGAAGUGCAGCCAGACACUCCUAUAACACUGAAAAUAUGAAGUAAGCUAUGCCAGAAUUAAUAUUGGCUGUUGUUGAGUAAUGAUUUAUUCCUAAAAAGGUUUGGAAGAGAGAGUACCAGGCUGUGACUCUGGACUGACUCACUGUUUUUCAUAUGGACCAUAUUGGCCAUGGGAAUGGAUGUUUGGUCAUGGUGACUUAAUGACUUCAGUCGGUUUGAAGUGCUUAUAUCUUUACACAAUGAUCAGACUGACUCACAGAGAACUUGUGUGUUUUCAACAAAUAGCAUUACCAAUAUUAUAAAAGUUGCCAACCAAA